AUGAAAACAGAAGGAAAAAUCCUCUCAUUCAAAUUAAUCAGUUCAGAUUUGACUUUACAAUUUCCAGGCAUAACUUUGAUAAAGAAUAAAGAGAAGCAAAUAUCUUCACUCAUUUCAACACAAUCUUGGAGUCAUGUGAAUAAAAACAGAAAAUCAGAUCAGAACUUAAAAUCUUGUAUUCAAACUUUUGGAGAUCAACCAGGGAUGCCUCAAAAUUUAUGGUUUUAA